AUGGAACACUGGUUCCACCGGUACAUUCUGGUCGCCGUCGCCGUCUGCGUCAUCAUCGGCUGGUCCUUUGUCUGGAUCAUGCAUCUCAUUGCACUCUUUCACGGCGCGAGGACACUUCACAAAAAAGUGGACUAUGACGCGCUGAAGGAAUCGCCACUGCCAGGCGUGUCCAUCAUCAAGCCACUGGUGGGCACAGACACCAAUCUCAAAGAUAACAUGGAGUCCUUUUUUAAAUUAAACUAUCCUAAGUACGAGAUUCUGUUCUGCGUUCAGGACGACCAAGAUCAUGCGAAGAACUACGUCAACGACCUCCUGGUGAAGUAUCCCCAUGUGGACGCCAGCCUCUUUGUGGGCGGGAUCAAGGUGGGCGUCAAUCCAAAGAUCAACAACAUGCAGCCGGCGUACUUGGCGUGCAAGCACGAGCUGGUCCUCAUAUCAGACGCCGGUAUUCGCAUGGAAGAGGACACCCUUCUGGACAUGGUGCACAGCAUGAAGGACGACGUCGCCCUCGUCCACCAGAUGCCCUUUGUCUGCGACCGAAAGGGCUUUCCCGCCGUCCUGGAGAAGGUCUACUUCGGCACGGCGCACGCGCGCAUCUACCUCUGCGCCGACUUCCUGCGCAUCAACUGUCCCACGGGCAUGUCCGCCUUGAUGCGCAAGAAGCUACUGGACGACGUCGGCGGCAUCGCCUCCUUUGGCCAGUACCUCGCGGAGGACUUUUUCUUUGCCAAAUCUUUCACCGACAGAGGGUGGAAGUUGAGAAUCUCACAGCAGCCUGCGUGGCAAAAUUCCUACACAGCCGAUAUUGAAACAUUUCAAAAUCGAAUCACAAGAUGGGCCAAACUGAGGAUAGCCAUGAUUCCACACAUGAUCCUCCUGGAGCCACUCUCCGAGUGCUUUGUCCUCGGCGCAAUGGCCUCCUGUGCGAUCAGUUUCCUUACUCAAGUUGAUCCAUUUGCCGUGUACUUGAUUCACAUUCUUUUAUGGUUCCUUUUUGAUUAUUCUCUGCUUAUAAUUAUUCAAAAAUCCAAUCUUCCUUUCAGUAAGAUUGACUUUGUGAUAGCAUGGCUACUUCGAGAACUCUUUGCCCUCAUUCUCUUUGCAAGGGCACUCUGGGAGCCGGACAUUCGGUGGCGUACCGGCACCUACAAGUUAAAGUGGGGCGGCGUCGCCGAGGAGAUCAGUGAGAUCAAAUCGAAGUUAUAG